AUGGACGGUAUUCUGUUCUCAACAUCUCGGGACCUAAAUCGAAAUGAACCAGACAGGGAAAGCACAUGGUCCUCUCUCCAGUUAGCAGCGGCGGAAGGCAAUCUGCAAGAAGUAAAUCGGCUGUUAGCAGAACCCACAGUGGACCCCGACGACUCUCCAAAGGGGUAUUAUGGUCAAACAGCGCUCCAAGCUGCUGCCAAUAGAGGAUAUAUCAGUGUUGUUGAAGCCCUUCUGGACGCAGGUGCAGACCCGAAUGCCCCCGGAGGAAACAAUGGUGGCAAAACAGCAAUAGUCCUGGCGUCUGAAGCAGGCCAUUUGGACAUCGCCCAAUAUCUAGUUUCUGCGGGCGCAGAUAUCAACCGUCCAGCGUACAGAUACGCAGGCCGGACUGCUCUGCAGGCCGCUGCCGAGGGAGGUCAAAUUGAGGUUCUGCGAUGGCUUCUUGCAGAAGGGGCGGAGAUUAAUGCACCACCGGCCAAGACAACCGGUCGCACUGCGCUCCAAGCCGGAGCUUCAAUGGGUCACGCUGAUAUCGUGGAAAUUCUUUUACAGAAUGGAGCCCACGUUGAAGCUCUACCUGUAAGAUAUAAAGGCCUGACAGCACUUCAAGGUGCAGCGUUGGGAGGUCACCGCCGUGUUGUCUGUCUGCUCUUGGAUGCGGGAGCUGAUGUGAAUGCCAAAGGCGCAUAUUAUAACGGGUACACGGCACUCUCAGCGGCGGCGGAAAGUGGUCACGAUGAGAUUGUUCGGAUAUUGCUCGAUGCCGGUGCAGAUGUCUCCUUGCCGUCGGGCAAUAGAGCGUGGACUGCGGCGCAGAUUGCGAAUUCUCGUGGUCAAAUAGAUAUCACGCAGCUUCUGACGCGGAGUGAACAGAAGCUGAAUACUUUUGCAAGUUCGAGUUUGGAAUAUGGUAGUAGAUCCAAUGAGCGCUCUGUAUAUACGGUAUAG